AUGUCGACUUGCUUAUGGUUGCUUCGACAACAAGCUAGCCCUACUGAUCAGCGAGGGGUAGCUCAGAGCCUUGCACGCGUUACAACCCUCUUGUCGAAUUACGAUGGCUAUGAAAAGGUGGAAUUUCCCAGGCGAGGGCUGAGACAAUAUACUAACAACAUAGGUAAUCAGACCAUAUUGAAGCGUGAGGCUUCGUUUCCGAAUUGGACUCAAACCCCCAUCCCGGGUUUCACACUUUCGGCAUCAGGUCUCCUCGCGCUUGCGGACCUCGGAACCAUUGCUAAGCGCACGCAGAUCGUAGGAGGCUCGUCGUGGCUUGAUGCCUUGCUUCUUGCUCCCGGCCUGCACUAUCAGCAGGCCGCCGACGCGCUCGCCGGUAGUACCGAGACGUACAGCGCGGUUGAGUUAUAUGAGGGCCAGGCAUCGACGCACAAUAUCACCAAUACCGCCACCCAACGCUACCUAGAACGUGUGGGUAUGGUCGGACAAAGGGUCACCGUGGACGUCGGUAUGAUGCCCGAGCGUAACUACUACUUCCCAGGCGGUCGGCGGCAGGCUCGUGGCCAACGAGCUACCAUUUGGCAGGACCAAGGUGCCGACCUAGGUUGGGUCUCGCACGUAUUAUACCUCAUGAGCCCCGCGCUUACCAUAACCGCAUUCGUGUUCAUGAUCCUGCUCCGGGAAUGGUGGGGCGUAGCAUCCCUCCUUGCACUCAUGCUAUCCCGCGUCCUUAAUAUUUGGGUUAUCAAGCAGCGGUCGGAGCCUCCCGUAGCCCCACCACCAAAGCCCGACGUCAGCAGCUUGUUGACGGAGUACCUAGUGGACCUAGGGCAAGGCAAAUCCGUGUGUCUGCGUGGCGUGGCCGAGGACCUGCAAGCUAUCACUACGACAUCGUGGCUGCGUGCUAAGACACAUCUAGACGGUUACCUCGAGGCGGCUGCUAAGCUAAUCGUGUACGUAGUGGCCGCUUUUAGCGGCAACAUGACGCAGGUCGGCUCUAUUAUCUUCAUGUUACUCCUGCUCAUCACGGCCGGGUUACUAGGAUUGAGCAACGCACACGCGAAAACAUUCCGCAUGCACGGGCGUUUGGCUACGCCUACCGUUGAUAGCCUACCUCAAGGCCCUGGUAAGUCUGUUGCUACGCCGUAUCCACCUAGCGACUCAGAUAGCAAGGGUGGUAGCUUCUUUUGGCCACCUACGACGACGAGGUCGUCGAGCGGGUUCACGGGAAUGGAUGAUUUCGCGGAGAAAGGACAGGUUGGCGGUGUAUUGAGGGAUAGGUAUCCUUUUGACGGUACAACGGAUUACAGGUAA